ACUGCCAUGUUUAACCCCAGUGAGCUAGAAGGUGAGGUGGAUCACUCGUUUUUCGACAGUGACUGUGAUGACAGCCAUGCCAGCAGAGAUGGAGGGAAAAAGAUGGAUAGAGGCUCGAAGACUGAGAAUACAUGCAAGACAGCAGGUGGGUUGUCCCCGAGGACCGGUGGGACCAAAAAGUACCAAAAGCAGGACAACAGUCAUUUGAAGGAAGACGUGAGGAGCAUGUCGCAGAGGUCCAGCGUGUUGUCUAAAUCACAUAAAGUAAUCAAUAACACUGGUAACUGUGGGAAUGACUCUAAUUUGAACUCAAGAAAGUCUAGUGGAACAUUUAUGGCUCUGUUGGCUGAUGCCAAUGAGACUGAAGCAGUGUUACCAUCCAAUCCCAAACACUCAAAGGAGAGGAAUAAGAAAUCCCCCACACAACACCGCCGAAGUCCGUCUCCCAUUUCAAGUGAGGUCAGUACGGACACGAACUCAGGAAGGUCGCCUUCUUUAUCCCCUCGAGUGAGAAGAACCAGAGUUCGCACAGUGGAGUCAGACGGUUCAGUGACAGAUGUGAGCCCCCUCUCAACUCCUGACAUCAGCCCUCGCCAAUAUUUGGACCUGAAUCACACAGGGGUCAAAGACAGGAGCCGUAAAAAGCAGCAGCAGGAGAGUGUGCCCUCCACUGGCCUUAGUAACAGACAUCACGAUGAGGACUCAGAUCCGGAUGUGGAGGAGUGCUCUCUCAUCUCAGAGAUUCAGCUCGGAGGUAAAGUGGUCUUUAGCUGUCCAGGAAGGAGAAACAGGAAGAACUUCUCGUUCACCAACGAUGACGUCAGGCGCAUAGAUCGGGAGAACCAGCGCCUUCUUCGCAAGCUGUCGCGCAUUUCUCCAACAUCCAGACCGGGAAGUGCAGCGGGAAGGAAAUCCCACACAGGGAACGACUUGCCUGUCGUUCAACACUCUCACAGCGCGCUCCAAAGGCAACAAGAACAGCAACGCAUUGAGAGGGACAACCUGGAUUUCCUGAAGAGGUUGGAGUCCGUCAAGGCUUCACCUGGACUGAAGCGCUCAGAACAACUGGCAGACUAUCAACGCCUAAGUGAAUAUCCAGUAGGUCCUCCACCCCCCAUCUAUACAUCCACCACAAAUAAAGAGAGGACCACCAGCAAGGGAAUCAAAAGGCAGCGGGAACAGCGACGCAUCGAGAGGGACAACCUGGCUUUCCUGAAGAGGUUGGAGUCCGUCAAGGCUUCACCUGGACUGAAGCGUUCAGAACAACUGGCAGACUAUCAACGCCUAAGUGGAUACCCAGGAGGUCCUCAGCCCCCCAUCUAUACAUCCACCACAAGUAAAGAGAGGUCCACCAGCAGGAUGGCCUCAGCAGGUAAGGGUUCCAGGUCGGCCAGUGCUGCCCACCACAGCAGAGCAGCCUCCAUCACCAGUGACUUCAGCAGCACAUCUGUACCCAUGUCAAAAAAACUCAGCUCAGCCCGACCCGCUUGGUGCUAACAACAGUCAUCUGAUCUACAAAGCAGCACAUCACUGCCUCCCAUUGAUGACAUCCGAUAUUUGUUGCACUUGAGAAUAGUUUUUACACAUUUAGAAAUGCAUUUGAAAUAUUUUUCUUGCUUUCUAUAUAUUGCUUCUUGCUAAA